AUGGCCGAUCAGCUCACUGAUGACCAGAUCUCCGAGUUCAAGGAAGCUUUCAGCCUCUUCGAUAAGGACGGCGAUGGCUGCAUCACUACUAAGGAGCUUGGGACCGUGAUGCGCUCAUUGGGCCAAAACCCAACUGAGGCAGAACUCCAGGACAUGAUAAACGAGGUCGAUGCUGAUGGAAAUGGUACCAUUGACUUCCCUGAGUUCCUCAACCUCAUGGCCCGCAAGAUGAAGGAUACUGAUUCUGAGGAGGAGCUCAAGGAAGCUUUUAGAGUUUUUGAUAAGGACCAGAAUGGCUUCAUUUCUGCCGCUGAGCUGCGCCAUGUCAUGACAAAUCUUGGGGAGAAGCUUACAGAUGAGGAAGUUGAUGAGAUGAUCCGUGAGGCUGAUGUCGACGGCGAUGGCCAGAUCAACUAUGAAGAAUUUGUCAAAGUCAUGAUGGCCAAGUGA